AUGAACAACCAUCACCUCGAACAGCCGCGGACUUCCUCUCACCACCGCACUGAACCUAAAACCACCCUUCGGGCUGCUACAGGUGACGGACGGACGCGGAGGCGGAAGAUGGAGUUGAUCAGUGGCGGGACGUGGGGGAGCAGGGCGGAGGUCGGAGAGAGGAAGACGCGGUGGUGGGUCAGAAGCGGCUUUCAUGGUGGCGAACGUUGCUACCGGCGUUUGCGACGGAAAUCUAGCGGACCGACAUCGACGACUGGAGGCCGCCGGAGAAGCUAUAAUCCGACAGUGAAAAGCCUCGGUCGGCAGUGUCGAGGUGGAGCCGGUGUGGAUUUGUUCGGCAAGACAAGGCUUCAUUGUGUGCUAAGUUACGAAUCGAGCACGAAGGAUGGGAUGUCUACUGACAUGUCGUGCUCCGGUGCCGACUCCAAGCUCCUCCGCGCCGGGCUCCGACAGUCACGUGGCUCCGUGGAUUUGGACUUGACGAGUCUGAAUCUAGGGUGA